AAUGAAAAAAAGCAAAAUCCCAUAAAAGAGGAAUGAAUCAAACAUCCAGCAGACUAAAAUCCCUCCUCUUUAAAGCCCGCAAUUUCAUAGGCAUAGCCACCACGUCCAUCGUCGCCGCUUCCUUCUCCACCACGUCCACUCCUAAAAUAACCACCGCAACCUUCACCGCCAUGGAAGAGCUCAAGACCCGUGUCUGCAUAAUCGGAAGCGGACCCGCGGCACACACUGCAGCGAUCUAUGCCUCUCGAGCUGAGCUAAAACCCAUCUUGUUUGAAGGUUGGAUGGCAAAUGAUAUCGCCCCCGGCGGCCAGCUUACGACCACAACUGACGUGGAAAACUUUCCUGGUUUUCCUGAAGGAAUAAUGGGGGGUGAUCUGACCGAGAAGUUCCGGGCUCAAUCCGCCCGUUUUGGGACCCAAAUCUUUACUGAAACGGUUACUAAAGUGAAUUUUUCGAAAACCCCAUUUGAGGUUUUCACUGAUUCUAAACGUGUCGUUGCUGAUUCGGUUAUUGUUUCUACCGGGGCGGUGGCGAAGAAGCUGAGUUUUGCAGGGUCGGAAACGUUUUGGAAUAGAGGAAUUUCGGCUUGCGCGGUGUGUGAUGGGGCUGCGCCUAUUUUUAGGGAGAAGCCAUUGGCUGUGAUUGGAGGAGGGGAUUCCGCAAUGGAAGAAGCGAAUUUCUUGACCAAGUAUGGAUCUAAGGUUUAUAUUAUUCACAGGAGGGAUACAUUUAGGGCUUCUAAGAUAAUGCAAAGUAGGACGUUGUCGAAUCCGAAGAUCGAGGUCAUUUGGAAUUCUGUAGUGGAGGAGGCUUAUGGAGAGAGGGUUGUAGGUGGGCUUAAAGUGAAGAAUGUGGUUACUGGGGAGGUUUCGGAUUUGAAGGUUAAUGGGUUGUUUUUUGCUAUUGGACACGAGCCUGCUACUAGGUUUUUGGAUGGGCAGUUGGAGCUGGAUUCUGAUGGGUAUGUUGCGACUAAACCGGGGACUACAAAGACUAGUGUUCGUGGGGUUUUUGCUGCUGGUGAUGUUCAGGAUAAGAAGUACAGACAGGCUAUUACUGCUGCUGGCACUGGCUGCAUGGCAGCGCUAGAUGCAGAGCAUUACUUGCAAGAGAUUGGAUCCCAAGAGGGCAAAAGUGAUUGACUAUCUAGGAUAUGAAAGGGUACUCGGGAAUCUGAAUAACAGAGUUACCCAGAUGUGCUGCAGACUUUGAUUGCAUCGUAGUAUGUAUACAACAUUAGCACAAUAUUAUCAGUCCAUUCAUUACUCGAUUUGUAAGUGGAAUUUGUUGGACAUAAUUUAUGUUUCCACCUUUUCUUC